GUUCCCCUAGCGUAUCUCCGGCUCACGCACCUCCCGCUUCACCGCUGCUUUGCUCCCCACCGCUUCUGCCCGCCAUGGUCUCAUCCUAUCGCCGUGCCCUCUUCUUCCUCUCGCACCCCCGGAUUCUGGGCUUUCUGCUCAUCCGAGUGCCUUUUCCCUGAGGCUUCGUGGUCAUCUUCCAUCCAGCUUUUCUUCUCUUUUGUACGACUUUCGUCUUUGGACACCCUCCACCUCUCUGAUUUCGACUUUUGUUGUCUUUAUCUCUGGAUAUAGGCUACAGUGACCAUGUCUAAUGUGGAUUUGACCGGCGACGGCUUUAUCGGGCUUGAUUAUGACUCGAGGAACUACAUUCAGGCUCAGUCAUGGCCUGUGGCGGUGGACCAGCGGGCAGACGCUUCGCGAGAUAUCUCACCCUUGCAAACCAGCGGUCACUCCUUCGAGCAGACAGUAGCCCAAGAUCCAAACCUCAUCGUUGACUGGCAAUUUCAACAUUUACAACCCCACCUUCAAUAUCCUCAGGAUGAGGCUGCUGCCGCUCCCCAGUUCACCACCGCAAGCUAUGGCAUGACUAUCCACUCGUCUCCUAUUGAUAUGAUGUCGGCACCUCACGGUCACAUGAGCACUAGCCUGCUCGACGGGCCUUAUUUACCUCUCGCUGCGCCCGUUGACAUGGUUUCAUAUCAGUACCAAGAUCUCCAGACAGAUCUGCUUGGAUUUCAAACUCACGGCCUUCCGGACAUGUCUUCCUAUGCGGCACCACAGAAUAUGGUUGGAAGCAGUUCGCCGACGGACACGUACCUCGAGGUUCGGUCGCUCACUAGUUCAAGUAGUGAUAACGGUUGGAGUAUGAUCGAGCCCCGUCAUUCACAUGAGUUUUCUUUCCCGGAUCAGGUCUUCAUCAACCCGACACAGACUCUACACGACAGAAGUCUCUCCGAGUCCUCGUACUCGACAUCAUACGGCAGCUUUGUGGAGGUCUCCAAUCCGGUCAAUUCGCCAUGCUCGGAAACCAAUUUCGAGUCCGCAUUCAACAGUCCCGUGAACCGACGUGUUUCCUACGACCACACAUCUCAUGGUUCGCAAUCACCCACGGCAAUUAGCCCCGCUGCUAUUGUCCGACCCAUCCAAGUUCCUGCAAAGAAAGACACUUCACCGACACGCUCUUCAGCCAGCUCGUCUUCACCCCCGAGCAGAAAGGGGUCUCGCAAGAGCCCGAUCGCUGCGAAGACUGCUGAGACCAAGGUCCGCAAGCAAUCGCACGGGAAGUCUGAGCCAGGUGAGAAGAAGGUAGGGAAGCGCAAGGGGCCUCUGAGGCCCGACCAGCGAAAGCAGGCCAGUGAGAUUCGCAAGUUACGAGCCUGUCUACGUUGCAAGUUCCUCAAGAAGACUUGCGACAAGGGCGAGCCAUGCGCGGGUUGCCAACCUUCGCAUGCUAGAUUAUGGCAGGUUCCCUGCACCCGUAUUGACAUUAAGGAAAUCGGUUACUUUAUGAAGGACUGGAAGGCAGACUAUGAGCGACACAUCACCCUCGGUUUCUCAGUUGGCAAUAUUAAGGGAUUCUCAGACCAAGAGAGGACGCUCUUCAUUACCCACGGAUAUGGGCAGGUGCUUCCGAUCAAUGCGCGCGAAGUCCAGUUCGAGGUUGAAACAGCGAAAUUGUCCGCCGGUAUGGAAGGAGUCUCACAUGCCAUGCUGUCCGACUACUUGGAUCGCCAUAUCGACGGCAACGGUACCUUUGAGAAGUUCGUCGAUGAUUACUUCGAGGGCACCCCAUUCCUAACGCAGAUGCUAAAAACCGCAUUCCGGUAUUAUUUCCGCACAAAGAUGCCCGUGAUCCGCAAGGCCUUGAAGCUUAUUCUUGCUUAUAACCUGACACUUCAUGUCACAAUGGUGGAGGGCGUUGGUGAUGAAGAAGGCUUCCUGGGCAAGAUUGAAGACCCGAGCUCGAAAUUCAAGGGCAAGACGGUGGCACCCGUGAUGAUCAAUUUCCAAGUCAAGUGCGCCCUAGCUAGCAUGUGGCGUGAGCUACAGAAGGAUGUCCUGGAGGAACUGUCGAGUCUCUAUUCCAGUGUCUACAGCGGCGAGAAAUUGAAGAACUGGCCUACAAUCUUCAUGCUCGCGUCAAUCCUUCUCGCAGUCUGGGAGGAAAUGCAGUUUGACUGUCACUACCGCACUCCCGACGCUGCUGCAGUGGAGAAAUUCUGCCAUGAUAUGGAGACUACUCCUGUCGGAGUCAUUGUCGGUUUGUUCCAGGCGAUCUCUCAGAAGUUGCCUUCAUUCUCCGACUGGGACACAUCCAAGCAUCAUCACUUGCUGCACUCAAAUCCUGACGUCUGCAACACAAUGACUGAAGUCCGCCAGCACGUUGAAAAAUUUGAAACCUACCUCCGUGGCCGUUCAGCGUCAAAAUUCAACAGGAACGACUUUGACUGCCUUUCCAACAAAUUCGUCUCUAGACUUGUGAUCCGUGCGAACUAG